AUGCUCGCUCCUCGCGCCGGCGGUCACUACCAAGAAGAAACCUCCGCUUCGCCUGGAAUGACUUGGUUUGCAUGGGGUGAGCAGAUCGCCCGCGUGCGGGGAGCCUCGCGGGACCGGAAGGGGGGAGUCGUUCGAGACAAGAUCGCCAUUGUCACCAAUUUGUGGAAAACAUUAAUCCCCCUCACGACGUCGCCGUAUUCUGAGGACGAAGGCGACAAAGGAAGAAAUGUUCGCCUGCAUCUUUGGCCGACGGACAUGCAACGCGUACACCUGGCGAUGCCGGCCACCUCACCGUGGUGCCAGGGUCCAGUGCCCCGUCCAGGGGGAAGCCAAGAGCCCGCAUUACACUCAGUCGCUGUCGACGGGGGCGGGCGGCAGGCUAUCGGCAACCAGAGAGAGAGCAAGCAGCAUCACCGGCGCUCUGGGGUGAAGGAAAGAGGAAGAACGCUCUCCUGCACGUGCAAACGUGCUCUUCGUAGUAUUUGCCGGCUCCUCUUGCUCAUUAACGGGGAUGUCGAGCAGAACCCUGGCCCGUUACUUCGCGGAGCCCAAUGGAACGCAGGCGGAUUAACUCCGCCGAAGCGUCUCGCAUU